AUGAAGGGUGCACGGUUUCUGCUCCCAGCACUGGCGAAGACCCUCUUCCUACCGCCCCUUAUCGUCUUUCUUCUCUUUCGAGCCCUGCCUUUCGUUCCCCUCGCCCUCGAAGUCGUCGCCUAUAUCUCGUCGUUUCCUGUACUCUUCAUCCUGCGAUCACAGCUGUCAGCCGAGCUAUCCGCUCGAUCAGCUCGACAAUUGAAAGCUGUAGACAUCCCUCGUGUCCAGGGGAGAUGGCCGCUCAAUCUAGACGUAUUAUGGGACUGGGCAAAGAGCGGUAGCGAAGAGGAAGUGGGGCGGAUGAUGGUACUUAUGGAGAGACGUUACGGCGGAACUUACAAUACCCGAGUGCUUGGUGAGGAUCAGAUCAUGACGACCGACCCUCGAGUCUUCAGACAUGUCCUGAUUGGCGACUUUGACAAUUUCGUGAAAGGACAGAAAUUUAAGGACAGGGCUCAAGAGUUUCUGGGUGACGGUAUAUUCAAUUCCGACGGUCAAAUGUGGAGACAUCAUAGAUCUCUCCUUCGUCCAUUUUUCCAUCCAACUUCCAUUCGUCCCUCCCGGUUCUCAGGCAUUAUCGAUGACUAUAUCUCCAGUAUACAACCCGGCAAACCCUUCGAUAUGCAGGCCGAGCUAGGCCAGCUUUCGCUCCGGAUGUCUAUCAUGUGGCUUUGUGGGACAGAUCUUACUCCAGAGCUUGGGGAGGAUCACAUUGCAGAAUGGAAGGACGCUCAAACAAACAUUGGACAGGCCAUGUCCGAUGCCCAAAGGGUUGUUGGUAAACGAGUAAAGAUUGGGACUCUCUGGCCUCUCUUUGAACUCGCAGGUGACCCUCUCAAGAAGCCUUUAAAAAUCAUACGGACAUUCUUUGGUCCCAUCAUAUCGCAAGCCCUUGAGCGAAAGGAGAAACUCUCAAACGCGAAGGAUGACAGCUCUUAUUUGCUGAUCGAUCGCCUUGUACAUGCUAUCGAUAAUAGAAAGGAUAUUGAGGAUCAACUGAUCAAUAUACUAUUGGCAUCCAGAGAUACGCUCGCUUCUCUCUUGACCUUUUGCGUGUACGCCUUGGCUAUUCACCCAGAGAUUGCGCUUAAAGUCCGCGACGAGGUGGUAUCCGUCUGCGGAUUGCAAGGUGAAAUUACCAAGGACCAAACUCGUGAGAUGAGAUAUAAUCGAGCUUUCAUAAACGAGGCUCUCCGUCUCUUUCCCCCAGUGCCUCUAAACAUACGGCGCACUCUCCGUCCUUCAAUCCUUCCAACCCCCAUUCCAUCAUAUAUGCCUGCCAACACCUCCAUCAUCCUCGCUACUAUCCUCAUGCAGCGCGACCCGAAAGUCUGGGGAGAGGAUGCGCAGGUGUUUGAGCCGGAUAGGUGGAUAAAUGGCUCAGAGCUGCAGAGGGAAGGAUUCACGAGCUGGAAUAUCGGGCCGAGAAUGUGUCUCGGCCAGCCCUUUGCUCUGACAGCAGCUCAUUCGUUCAUCGCUCACUUCUCUCGCCACCUUUCUACUGCGAACGCCACUCUUCGCCUUUCGCCAGAGGCCCAACCGCCGGGGUCGACAAUCCCUGACAGCUGGAAGAGCGAAGAUGGGGGUGAUGGGCGGCUGAGAGGUGGAAGAGACAAGGUGUGGAUUGUCGCUGAUGUUGUUCUGGCGGUGAAGGGAGGUCUGUGGGUAGUCGCAGAGCCUGAUGAAAAGGCUCGAGAGGAUUAA